AAAUAUUUGCGGGAAGGCUGAUAGAACCAAGAUAUUUACCAGCUCUUCUUUCAAACUGACUCUAGAGAGCUGUGUUUUGAUGCGGACAUGUGAUCCCGAACUCCUCAAAUCGCAGAGCUAUUCAGGUCUCUUGGUUUAAACAAAGAACCAAAUCCCCGAUUUUAUAGUAUAGGCAUCAGUUUUUCCAAUGCUGCGAAAUAAUCUGGAAAGGUUUGCGAACUAUCUGUAAGAAAGUCGCUGCCCCUGCAAACAUACAUAACGGAGGCUUGUCGUUCGCUGUUGAGUCCCCGAGCGAGGUCAGGGAAGGACCCGGCCACCGACCGCCACGCCAUGAUGGAGGGCGGCAUGCAGCUGCUGAACCGCGACGGCCACAGCAUCUCCCACAAUUCCAAGCGGCACUACCACGACUCCUUCGUCUCCAUGAACCGCAUGCGGCAGCGCAGCCUGCUGUGCGACAUCGUGCUGCACGUGGCCGCCAAGGAGAUCAAGGCGCACAAGGUGGUGCUGGCGUCCUGCAGCCCCUACUUCCACGCCAUGUUCACCAAUGAGAUGUCGGAGAGCCGGCAGACCCACGUCACGCUCCACGACAUCGACCCGCAGGCGCUGGAGCAGCUGGUGCAGUACGCGUACACCGCCGAGAUCGUGGUGGGCGAGGGCAACGUGCAGACUCUCCUUCCGGCCGCCAGCCUCCUGCAGCUGAACGGGGUGCGGGACGCCUGCUGCAAGUUCCUCCUGAGCCAGCUGGACCCGUCCAACUGCCUGGGCAUCCGCAGCUUCGCCGACACGCACUCCUGCAGCGACCUGCUCAAGUCCGCGCACAAGUACGUCCUGCAGCACUUCGUGGAGGUCUCCAAGACCGAGGAGUUCAUGCUGCUGCCUCUCAAACAGGUCCUGGAUCUGAUCUCCAGCGAUAAUCUGAACGUCCCGUCAGAGGAGGAGGUGUACAGGGCGGUGCUCAGCUGGGUCAAGCAUGACAUCGACGGGCGGAGGCAGCACGUGCCUCGGCUGAUGAAGUGCGUGCGGCUGCCGCUGCUGACGCGGGACUUCCUGAUGAGUCACGUGGACACGGAGCUGCUGGUGCGGCACCACUCCGAGUGCAAGGACCUGCUGAUCGAGGCGCUCAAGUACCACCUGAUGCCCGAGCAGCGGGGCGUGCUGAGCAACAGCCGCACCCGCCCGCGCCGCUGCGAGGGGGCCAGCCCCGUGCUCUUCGCCGUCGGCAGUGCUGGUCAAGCUCUGUUGCUGCGCCAUCCACACGGGGACUGCGAGGCCUACGACACGCGCACGGACCGCUGGCACAUGGUCGCGUCCAUGUCCACGCGCAGGGCACGGGUGGGCGUGGCCGCCAUCGGGAAUAAACUGUACGCCGUCGGAGGAUAUGAUGGCACCUCAGACCUGGCCACUGUGGAGUCGUACGACCCCAUUACCAACUCCUGGCAGCCGGAGGUCUCCAUGGGAACGCGGCGCAGCUGCCUGGGCGUGGCCAUCCUGCACGGGCUGCUCUACGCGGCGGGGGGUUACGAUGGCGCUUCCUGUUUGAACAGCGCCGAGAGAUUUGACCCCCUGACCGGCACCUGGACCUCCGUCGCGGCCAUGAGCACCAGGAGGAGAUACGUCCGCGUGGCCACUCUGGAUGGAAAUCUGUAUGCGGUGGGUGGAUACGACAGCUCUUCACACUUAGCAACGGUAGAAAAGUAUGACCCUCAGAGCAACGCCUGGACCGCCAUCGCCAACAUGCUGAGCCGCCGGAGCAGCGCCGGCGUGGCCGUGCUGGAGGGCAUGCUCUAUGUCGCCGGGGGCAACGACGGCACCAGCUGCCUCAACUCGGUGGAGAGGUACAACCCGAAAACCAACACGUGGGAGAGCGUGGCGCCCAUGAACAUCCGCAGGAGCACGCACGACCUGGUGGCGAUGGACGGCUGGCUGUACGCCGUGGGCGGGAACGACGGCAGCUCCAGCCUCAACUCCAUCGAGAAGUACAACCCGCGCAGCAACAAGUGGGCGGCGGCCUCCUGCAUGUUCACCCGCCGCAGCAGCGUGGGCGUGGCCGUGCUGGAGCUGCUCAACUUCCCGCCGCCCUCCUCCCCCACCCUCUCCGUCUCCUCCACCAGCCUUUGACAAAGAGCCCAGCCCCGCCAAGCCCCGAGCCCGGGCCCCGGCCCCGGCCCCAGCGCUGGCCCCGGGCCCGGGCCCUCCUCCCGCCCGCCCUGCCUGUCCAAGAGACGCAACUGCUCCGUCUGACCCCCGGGGAGCGGGGCCGCGCGGGCGGAGGGGCGGCUGAGGACGGCGGGGCGGAGGACGGCGGAGGCGGAGGAAGGGGAGGGGGGCGAGAGGAGGGAGGAGUCGGGUCCGGCGGUGGCGGGGGGGGAGAGACGGAAGCGCCCGGUGCUGUGCUGUUCUGCAGCCUGAGUUCCAUCAGAACUCUGUUACCAUGGAGAUGCUAGGUCGUCUGGGGGGAACGCUUCGGCAUCCCUCGGAUGCAGGCAUUCCCAAAAAACACACACCUGCCCCUGCCCACGCUCACCUGGGCAACACCCCAACCUCAGAGUGCAAGCAGUCACUUUUUGUAUCAUAAUUUCCAUGUACUGUAGUAUAACCUCUUUCUGUUCUUGUUGGGUUUUUUUUUUUUAUUUUUUUAUUAUUGCUAUAAUAUUAUAAUACAAAAUUAUAUUUAUUCUAUAUAGGAAUCUAGCUGUUGACUGAAUCUGCCUUGCAUGUUUACUGAAUUCGAUCCUCUUUGGCAGAAUAUUAGGCUGCAGCGCUGCUGUGUCACAGUAGGUGGCAGUAACGAGCAAUGGUGUUACCUUUUUACAAACUGCAGACAGGCUGACAGGUCGGGGCAGUGAUGCAGUGCAGAACUGUGCACUUGCAGAAAUGUGUCACUGCCGCAGUUCCUGGCAAGCUUGAAAAAAUGAAGUAUGGAACAAUCAACAGUAUACUUAAGAAAUAUAACUAUAAUAUUUAUUAGAGAAAUAUCAUUUCAAGAACAAAUUCAGACAACUUGAACUUUUUGGGGGGGGAUCUUAAGUGGUGGUCAGUGAACUACAAUUGGUGGGUGGUGGGUGGUUGGCAUGGGGGAUAGGUAACUUGUCCUGAACCCGUUUUAAUUGAUUGCUCAGUUUGACAGCUUUACUAAUGAUCACCCACCAGCAGCACGUUUCUUUUUUACCUCAGUUGUGUCUAAUAUGGCUGCAUUACACUCACAUACUUCAUAUACAGUCAUUUUGAUUGUAUCAUUUUUUUGGACAAAGGAAGCGUGCGCACAGAGCACAGUCAGAGGGAAUUAGCACCUGACCUGACGGGUGAUUCAAAGUUAAUUAGGUCAGUUUGUUUAACAUGCAUACCCGAAACAGGUCGAGUCCAGGCAUGGUGGUAGAUCCUGGGGUGGUGCUGGGGGGUGGAUAUGUCCCCCCUCAACUUUCGGAAGUCAAAUGCCCCCCCCCUCCCCCCCCCAAAGAAAAAAAAAGAAUCCUAAAGAAAAUUUCCUGUUUGUUGUCCUGGCCAAAAAUGAUGUUUGUAGACCACCACUGUCUCAUGCUUUACUGUUGUUCUGUUACUUGCAUCAGGAAAGACUGAUGUAAAAGAGAAGGACGGUGUCACUGGAUAAGUUCUCAACCCAUUUUAAAAUAUUUUGGCUGGGAUGAAAGUUAUAAAGCUUUUGAAGAACUUAAGUAUUUUUAGUUUUAAAUGUCCCUUAUAUUUAUUUACAAAUUAAUUUUAAACUUAAAAAUAACUGUUAUAUAUUAUUUUGGAAAGAUCCAUAAUUUAGUAAAAAAUAAAAAAGAAGAAGAAUAAAGUAUGUGGAGUGUGUUCAGUGAGCAUUGAAAUGUGUGACUGUGAUGGUGCAGUGAAACGUAAAGAUGGAAACGUGAUUGGAACAAAAUUAGUUUAGCCUUAAUAUUAAUGCUUUUAUUACUUAUGAAGAUGUAAUCAUAGGAAUGGUGUAUUGUGGGAAUGUCGGCACGUUAGCAUUGCUAUCUCUCCUGGAACACCGCACAGGAAAUGGCUCAAAGACCAAAUUAUAGUACACAGGGACAAAACCGGAACCUUAAUUUUACUAGUCCUCCCAAUUCUUCCCUCUCCUUGCGUUGUUAUUUAUUAAUUUGCUUCACUCCGAGUACUGCAUUAAAAUCUCAGCAAAAACAAACAAAACAAAAACAUUUUUAAUGCUCCACAUUAUUUAGACGGCGAUGAUCAAUGUCAGCUGACUGAGUGACUGAACUGCAUGCCUUUUCUCAAAUAUUAUCUGUGAUAAACACAUGAAAUACUGUAUACUGGGAACCUUGGCCUACUUAGUAUUAGAUAUUGUAAACAUAGAGUAACAUUUGAACACAUUCCAUCCAUCACCUCAUUGGUUGGCCUGUCCAUUUACCCACCACCUGUGUGCACAUUUUUUAUUAAAAGUAUUAAAUCUAAAGACCAUUUUCAUUGACUGUCAGAUUUUUAUUUUAAUCAACUGUUAUAUUCCUUUAUCAUGCAAACUCAGCAGUAAAAUCAGUAUGGGUCACAAAUUAAGGCUUAAUCUGAAUCUAAAUCAGUAGUUGUACAAAAUAAAAAUCAGUAAAGGUGUGUGGGGUCAGUUAUGCAUUGACCUGAUGUACAAUCUGACUGCUGAAUGACUUUAGUUUACUCUCUGAUGUCUGUUUCGGUUCUCCAUGUAGUGACACAUUCACAGCAUUGCAUGAUAGCAUUUGCUAAAUUAAAAGUGCAACUGUAAUCACACAAAAGCAAAAUGGAGGGAAGUAGUGUUGCUUUUAAGAGUCACACAGAAAAUUGUUCCAUACGGUCACCAAAUGGUGUCAGCGCUCACUACAUGCUUCGGUGUAAAUGUAGCAUAUUAGGACUAUGGUAUGAUCACAAACUUCUGAGAAGUUACAUUUUCCUUUUUUUGAAGGAUUCUGCUUAUCAGACAUAGCUUGUUGUACGUAGGGGGUGGUGAACAGCAUUGUGAAUGAAUUGCAUCUUAUUUUCUGUUUUUAGUUUCGCUUCUGUAUUGAUGAUGAUGAUGAUGAUAGUGAUGGUGAUGGUGAUGAUGAUAUUGUUGAUGAUGACGACGAUUAGGAUGUUGGUCACUGUGUCAUGUUCUUGUUCAUAAUGGGUCAGGACCAUGGAAGAAUGUUGUGCUACACACAAACUUGGCCUUUUAUUUUUUGCAAAUACCGUGUAUAAAUGUUAACUAAGUAUAAAUAUCCAAUGAGGCAUUUGCUUGAUGUUGAUGUAAAUGUAUUUUUUUUUUCAGUUCUAACUUAUUCAAAGUGAUGUGCAUUAUUUAUUCAUGUGUAAAUUAUGUUUGCUGUAUUUAUGUGGAACCUAACUAAAUUUUGCACUACGGUCAAAAGAGAAGAGCAAUACACUCCUGUAUAAACACGAAUAAAGAGGUUUUUCAAGGAGA